AUGACGGACCAAGUGGCACUGCUGCGGCUGGUCUGGUCUGAACUGUUCGUCCUCAACGCCUCCCAGUGUUCGAUGACGCUGCAUUUCGCUCCACUUCUUGCGGCAGCUGGUCUGCACGCCUCACCCAUGGCUGCGGACAGGGUGGUAGCCUUCAUGGACCACAUCCGGAUCUUCCAGGAGCAGGUGGAGAAGCUGAAGGCCCUUCAUGUGGAUUCUGCGGAGUACUCCUGUCUCAAGGCGAUCGUUCUCUUCACAACAGGAUUUCAUAGGACUCUCCUUACGCAUCUAUGGUAA